AUGAGCUCUGACUCCGCCCAGGAUGUGGUGGUGGAGAAUUUCCUGCGUGCCAUAGAGAGGCGGGGCCAGUGGCUGCACUGUGCUGUUAUUGGCUGUAAGGAGGAGCAUCCCCGUGGCGACAUGAACCUUUUGUACCGAAAAAGUCGACUGGACUGGAGGCACAGAGAUCAGGAGGGCAAGAAAAGCUCCAAUUAUAAAGAUGCCUCUUCCGCGACGGUUGGGAAGGUUCGGGAUCUGGCGUCAUUUCGGCGUCAUUUCCGAAUGGGAUUUAUGACGAUGCCAGCAUCCCAGGACCUUUCGCCUCACUCUUGUGCGGCCGCCAUGGCCCCACGCUCUCAAUCCUGCCAUGCUGUGGGCACCGGUGAGGGAGAGGAGAUGGAGAACGGAUAUUAUCCAGACUCAGACCCCCAAAACCAGUCAAAUCCCUCCCGUUGUCCCCCAGCCAAGCCUAAACGCCACCCCAAUACUCGUCUCAGCUCCACACCCCAGCAGGAGCAUCCUUCCCGGGGGGUUCACGCACCACCUGACACUCCGCCACCUCCACCUCCCAAUCACCCACCCAAACACCCAGAGAAGCGAAAUGCAAUGAAGAAGUCUGAUUCAGGUGAAAUGGCAGGACGAAAGGUACCUCCCUUGAAGCCCAAACGGAGUCCAAGCACACAGCUCUCCUUUGACCCCCCGCCAUCUCGGGUCCUGCCACCGACCACACCUCUUCCCUUCCAGAGCUCUGAACCCUCUCCACGGGGUGAGGGGGGAGAUGACGAGCCAGUUUACAUUGAAAUGGUUGGCCAGGUCUUUACCCGAGAGACUCACAGCGCCCCUACUCCUCACCCGCUCACGCCCUCCGCCACCACGCCUGAUUCUGACUCAGACCAAGGAGAGGCCAUAUACGAAGAGAUGAAGUACCCCCUACCGGACGACGCAGCUCGAGAAUCCCAUCGCCGCUUGCCACUCAAACAUGAGCGUAUCAAGUCCUCUAAAGCGUACCACUCCAUCAUCUCAUCCUCCUCAUCCUCCACCUCCUCUUCGCUCCCACGCCCCUCGUCCUCCUCUCCAGCCUGUUCCUCAUCCAAGCCUAAAGCAGCUGUCUCCAUCUCUCACUCCUCUCCUCUGCCUUCAUCCUGCUCUUCUGCAUCCUCCACUCCUGUACCUCAAGCCCUCUCCUCCUCACCACACCCUCCCCGUGCUCCCACACCCUUCCUGCUGCCAGGGUCCAAGUCUGAACAUGAGCCCAGCUCCAGUAAGAUCCCGGCACCCUUCCCCAACUUGCUCCAGCACAAGUCUCCGCUCCUGGCAUUUCCCCAGCCGGCUGCUGCCUCCAGUGGGGUGGGGGCUCAACACAAGACCAGCUUGGCCAAAAUCAGUGUGCAGUCGGCCUCCAGUCUGCCAGCAUCUACUAGCACCUCCUCCAGCAUGAGCUCCACCAGCACUUCCAAAGAGUCCUCUGGAGUUGAGAAGGAACGAGAGAAGGAGAGGAGUGAAGGACAGCUGGGGCCGGCACCAGGACUCAGAGCCCGCAGUCAUUCCACUCCUCUUCCUCCAUCGUCAAAGUCCUCCUCUCCAUAUUCCCACCACCAUCAUCACCAUCACCCUCACCACAGGCCUUCCCACUAUCACCAUUACCGCAAGCCUGAGAAAGAGACGUCGUCAUCAAGCAAGGGCUCAGGACAGUCCUUCACCCAGACGCAAACACAGCCCAGAGAGGGCAAGUCUGUCAGCUUCCUGCUCAAGUCUGAGAAAUCUGAGAGGGAAAGGGACCGAGAGAGGGAUCGGGAUCGUGACCGAGAGAGAGACCUGAGCACGCCAUCAUCCAAUCAUUCUGAUACCCCUGCCUCAAGCACGUACACUCACACUUCUCAAACCGGCACAAGCACCACGCCAACCCAGAGUCAACCAUCAUCGUCCACAGCAGCUACACCACCUUCCACCUCUUCUUCAUCCGCUCAGCGCCCUCCGACUCGCUCUCGCAUGCACCGGUCACACACCCCGCACUCUCAUGGCCUUCCUGCUUACAAACCUCCCCCCUCCGACAGCCCCCUGCUCUGGACCUACCCCUCGGUUGGCUUCCGCCGCCCACCCGCCUACGAUAGCCUGCGCGGGGGCUCACAGUUACCAUCCUUGCACAUGGAGCCCAUUAAAACUGGAUCUGCAGCCCAUGCAUUGCAGGCCAAAGCCGGGUUCAUUCCCUGGGAGAGCGCAGCUGCCUUUGGGCUCACAGAAGAACAGGCUUACUGGCCCAUGCACCGAAAAUUAUCAUUCAGUCAUGGGAGCCGAAACACUGAGAAGGAGGACGGAGGUGCGUGGAAUGGCAGUGCAGAUGCUCUAUUGAGGAGAGAAAGGGAUGACCUAGGAGCCAUACGGGGUGGUGGACACUCUGGAAUACCUGUGCGGUCAACCGGGAGACACAGCGAGAGCUUGGCUGGGGUGGAUGGACCACCAGGGUUGAGAGGACUGAUACGAGCGGGACUGCCCUUACCCUGCCAAACUUUCCCAGCGUGCCGCAAUGGAGAGUUGGGUCGCCUUGGCAGGUCUUCCUCCACAUCAGGAGUGAGACAAGUGGGUGGUGACGUUCAAAGGCAGAGCAGCCUGCAGGCCAGAGAAGCACUCAACCAGUUUCACGCUCUCUCGCAGGUUCAGGCACAGACUCAGGCUCCCUGCAGUCCGUCUCUGAGCCGGCAGCAGCAGUACCAGCACCAGCAGCAGGUCCAGCUCCAGUUCCAGCAGCUGGCUCAGCUCGCCGCGCAGGCCCAGGCUUCCCUCAGCGCGGGCACAGCCUGCACCUCCACAGCCCCGGCCCAGCGGGACGGCAAGCUCCUGGAGGUGAUCGAGAGAAAGCGCUGCCUGUGUAAGGAGAUUAAAGCUCAUCGCCGGCCGGACAGGAGCUUAUGUAAGCAGGACAGUAUGCCUAUUUUACCCAGCUGGAGGAAAACGCCAGAGCCCCGCAAGACUGGAACACCACCCUGCCAGAGGCCACAGGCUGUGGUGUGGGACUCGGCCAUCUGACACAGGCAGAGAGAGCAUACAGAGGGUAGAGAGUAAGAAAGACACGACUGAGAGAGAGACAUACGGAGUACAAAUCUUUUCUUAUUUUUUUCUCUUUUGCGUGUGAAAAGACAAAAUGGAAA